AUGUCUCGUGCUGAAAAAUCUGGUAUUGCAUAUGAAGCUCAUCAAAAGGUACAAUCAAAAUUUGAUCCUGAGUUGGCUGGGCAAAUUUUGUCAUGGAUACGUUCAGUUUCCAAUCAAGAUUUUGAUACUAAUGGAAAUAUGGAAAAUUUUGGUCAAGUUUUAAAAAAUGGUGUUGUUUUAUGCAAUUUUGCUAAUGCUCUCAAAUCAGGAGCUAUUAAAAAAGUUAAUAAUAGUGCUAUGGCUUUUAAACAAAUGGAAAAUAUUUCAUUUUUUUUGUCUUUUGCUCAGGAAUAUGUAAAUAAGAGUGAAUUAUUUCAAACAGUUGAUUUAUAUGAAUCUCAAGAUUUAAAUUCUGUCCUUGUUUGUCUUGGGGCUCUUGCACGUAAAUCAGAAAAACAUUUUGGUGUACCAGGUCUUGGUCCAAAAGAAGCUGAAGGAGAAAAAAGGGAAUGGACUGAGGAACAAUUAAAAGCUGGUGAAGGUAUCAUUGGUCUUCAGGCAGGAUCAAAUAAAGGAGCCAAUGCUUCAGGUAUUAACAUGGGAAAUACUCGUCAUAUGUAG